AUGUCGAAUUUAUCCAAACUUGAAUUUGUGGCAUUAGAUAUUUCUGGAAAGAAUCUUUUAUGGGUACUCGAUGUUGAGAUUCACUUAGCUGCUAAAGGUCUUGAUGCCACCAUUACUCAGAAAAAUGAAGCAUCGAGCCAAGAUAAGACGAAGGCAAUGAUUUUCCUUCGUCAUCAUCUUGAUGAGGGCCAGAAAAUUGAAUAUCUGAUGCAGCAAUAUUGUGAAAAGGAUUUUCAGAAAUACUUUGAACUGAUCUCAUGUCAUCUGAUGGAUGAGCAACAUAAGACUCUUUCAAUGAAAAAUCAUGAAGCUCGUCCCACUGGAACUGCUUCAUUACCGGAAACAAAUGUGGUGGAAGCACGUGAUCAAUCUGAAGUAAAAAGAGUUGAUCAUCGGGCCAAUAAUAAUGCACAGGGACGUGGCAAAGAUAAGAGGAAAGAAAAUAAAAAUGGUGUUCCUCUUCCAAAUGCUCAAGCUGAGUCACAUAUGACUCUUAAAGAUGAUGAUAAGCCGAGAACAUCUAAUAAAUAUGAUAAAGAUGUUGAAGCAAAUUUGGCUUUAAAGGAUGAUGUUUUUUAUGGCUUUGGUGACAUUACUCAUACGCAAGUUGAUGACUUCUUUGGAGAUCGAAACUGA